UCAAUAUUGACCAAAAAGAGAAGCUAACACAAGAAUGGCCAGAAAUGAGGAGAAACAACUAGGGAGGCUAAAUAGAUUGUGGCUGAAGCAACAGAAAGAUGAACAACACAAGAAAAAUCCCAAGAGACCUAGACUGGAUGAUAUCAAUACAGCUGAAGACAUCAAGCACUGGUUACCAAGUAUCAAAGAUGAUAUUGACUUUUGUUUGAAGCAAUCACAAGUACCAUGUUACCCCGAAGCCAAAAUUAAAGAAUUUAAUCUGAAAAUUGAUCACUUACAAAGACAGUACAAAGCAUUUGUAUGGAAGUUGAGGAAACUUGAUCCAGAAGUAAAGCAAAUUCCAUGGGUAGAGAGAGGAUAUACAACAGGACAGAAGAGGAAAUUGAAUGGGGAUGAAUCUGUGAAUGUUCAAAAAGCAAUAUCAUAUGAAAUGCCAUUUUGUCAAAUGCCUGCAAAAUCUACCAACAUGUUUUCAUCAUGUGAAGAUUCAGAUACCACAUUGUCAUCAGGUAGUCAUAAAUAUUCAGUUGGUGCCAAUACAAAUAAAGAGUUAGAUGAAACUCCAUGUGAUCAGCAGGAAUGCAAAAACUUUUUACCGUUAGAAACACCUAUCUUAAGCAAUGAUUCAGAGUACAGGAAUACAUUUGGAUAUUUAGAUACCAAUAGUAUAAACCAAGAUAAUAUAGCUAAUGUUAAUUUAGAGUUACAAGAUCAGCCAUUGACUUUUGUGAAAACAAAUUUGUCAAAAAAUAAGACAAGAGAAUAUAGUACAAAGAAUAUACAGAACAUGGGAGAUAACUCACUACAAACAUUGUUUCCAUAUUCAGAUUCAUCAUCAGAUAAUGGAGAUUAAUAAAUAUGAAAUCAAA